AUGAAGUUCUCUCAAAUUGCGAGCACACUGCUGCUCGGCGCAUCUGGCGCGGUUGCCAUCGACGUCGAAUGGACUAAUGAACAGUCGAUCAAAACCGGCAUGAAGACAGUUGCGACUGACAUGGUGUCAUACUACACCGGCUACCGGCCAGGCGACGUACCAGGCAACUUGCCAGCUCCAUACUACUGGUGGGAGGCUGGCGCCAUGUUUGGUGCUCUGAUAGAUUAUUGGUACUAUACGGGCGACACCGAAUGGAACGCCAUCACGACGCAGGCGAUGCUGCAUCAGAUCGGGCCGGACCAGGAUUACAUGCCGCCGAACCAGUCCAAGUCGCUCGGUAACGAUGACCAGGCUUUUUGGGGCAUGGCCGCAAUGUCAGCGGCAGAGAACCGCUACCCAGACCCACCUGCGGACCAACCGGGCUGGUUGGCGCUCGCCCAGGCCGUCUUCAACGGCCAGACGACCCGCUGGGACAAUGAGACUUGCGGCGGCGGUCUCAAGUGGCAGAUUUAUCCAUUCAACAAUGGUUACAACUACAAAAACACCAUUUCGCAAGGCUGCUUCUUCAACAUCGCCGCUCGCCUCGGCCGAUACACUGGCAAUUCGACUUACACCAAGUGGGCCAGCAAGGCAUGGGAGUGGACCCAGGCGGCCGGCUUGAUGAGCCAAGAUUACCACUUCUACGAUGGAACCGACGACAAGCUCAACUGCACUCAACUCAACCACAUCCAGUGGACCUACAACGCCGGUGUGUUCUUGUACGGCGCGGCGACCAUGUGGAACAUUAGCGCCGAAAAUGGCGAUGAGCAAGGCAUUUGGCGCGAACGCACCGAAGGCAUCAUCAAAGGCCUCAGCGUCUUCGUAUCCAACGAGGCCCAAAAUGUCAUGACUGAAGUAGCCUGCGAGCCAAACGACAAAUGCAACAUCGACCAACGCUCCUUCAAAGCUUACCUCUCACGCUGGAUGGCGUCAAGCAUGAAAGUCGCGCCCUGGACGGCGGACAUGCUGCAGCCGAUCCUGGAAGCGUCGCGGCAAGCAGCGGUCAAGAUCUGCAACGCGGGCGACAACAGCCGGCAAUGCGGGCUGCGGUGGUACACGGGGACGAACGACGGCAGCUUCGGCGUGGGCGAGCAGAUGAGCGUGCUCGAGGUCAUGGGCACAGCGCUGAUCCACACGGUUGCCGGGCCGCUGACGAACAAGACGGGCGGGACGAGCCGCGGCGACCCGAACGCGGGGGCGCAUAGCGCCAAGGCGCCGAUUAUCUACGACGAGGUGACGUUGGGCGAUAAGGCUGGCGCGGGCAUUCUGACGGCCAUCAUCCUGAUCGGCAUCUUGGGCGGCGCGUGGUGGAUAAUUGCGUGA